AGCUCCCCUGGGGUGGACGGCUGUUCUGUGUGGAGAUGAAACAGCGGAGGAUGACAAUGAAGAUAAUUCAAAUGACGGGACCCAGCCAUGCAAAAGGAGGCGGAUGGGCUCCGGAGACAGCUCCCGGAGCUGCGAGACCUCCAGCCAGGACCUUGGGUACUGUCCCUCGUGGCUUGUCAUAGCUCUGUGCUUUAGCUACUACCCAGCAGAAAACUUGAUCGAGUACAAAUGGCCGCCCGAUGAGACGGGAGAGUACUGCAUGCUUCAGGAGCAGGUCAGCGAGUACCUGGGGGUGACCUCCUUCAAACGGAAGUACCCAGAUUUAGAGCGACGAGAUUUGUCUCAUAAGGAGAAACUCUACCUGCGAGAGCUGAACGUCAUCACGGAGACGCAGUGCACCCUAGGUUUAACUGCAUUACGCAGUGAUGAAGUGAUUGAUUUAAUGAUUAAAGAAUAUCCAGCAAAACAUGCUGAGUAUUCAGUUAUUCUGCAAGAGAAAGAACGCCAGCGCAUCACGGACCACUACAAAGAGUACUCGCAAAUGCAGCAGCAGAAUACGCAGAAAGUGGAAGCCAGCAAAGUGCCCGAGUAUAUCAAGAAAGCCGCCAAGAAAGCCGCGGAGUUCAACAGCAGCCUGAACCGGGAGCGCAUGGAGGAGAGGAGGGCCUACUUCGACUUACAGACACACGUCAUCCAGGUGCCUCAAGGGAAGUACAAGGUGUUACCAACAGAGCGGAUCAAGGUCAGCUCCUACCCGGUGGCCCUCAUCCCCGGACAGUUCCAGGAAUAUUACAAAAGGUACUCGCCGGAUGAGCUGCGCUACUUGCCACUGAACACGGCUCUUUACGAGCCGCCGCUGGAUCCGGAGCUGCCCGCGCUCGACAGCGACGGCGACUCGGACGAUGCCGAGGACGGGCGAGGUGACGAGAAGAGGAGGAACAAGGGCACUUCGGACAGCUCCUCCGGCAACGUGUCCGAGGGCGAAGGCCUUCCCGACAGCCAGGAGGAGCCUCUCCCGGGGAGACCGCGGCCCAAGGACAAAGCGGCCACACCGAGGAAGGACGCUGCCAAGCGCUCGGUGCUGCCCAAGUCCGCCCCCGGGUACAAGCCAAAGGCCAUUCCCAAUGCUCUAUGUGGAAUUUGUCUGAAGGGUAAGGAGUCCAACAAGAAAGGGAAGGCUGAACCUCUUAUACACUGCUCCCAGUGUGAGAACAGCGGCCAUCCUUCUUGCCUGGAUAUGACCAUGGAGCUUGUUUCUAUGAUUAAGACCUACCCAUGGCAGUGCAUGGAAUGUAAAACUUGCAUUGUGUGUGGACAGCCCCACCAUGAAGAGGAAAUGAUGUUCUGUGAUGUGUGUGACAGAGGCUACCACACGUUCUGUGUGGGCCUCAGUGCUAUCCCAUCAGGUCGCUGGAUUUGUGACUGUUGUCAGCGAGCUCCCCCAACACCCAGGAAAGUGGGCAGAAGGGGGAAAAACAGCAAAGAGGGAUAAAAUAGUUUCUCGACCCCAAUACUGUAAUAUGCAUUUAAGUGAAUUAUUUGGUGCCAACUUAUUUCCAAUUCUCAUUUUUAUGCCAAUAAAAGAUUUUUGAAAUGAA